AUGUAUAACCCGUAUGGGAAUUUACAACAACAACCCACUGGGUUUAUAAAUAAUGCCAAUAGUUAUUAUAAUCAACAGCAACCCCAACAACAACAACCCCAACAACAACAACCUCAACAACAACCCCCACAACAACAACCAUUUAAUGGAAAUGUAUACGGCCAACAACCACCAUCACAACCUUUAAAUCAAUUGAUCAAUCCACCAACUACUGACUUUGGAAAUUUCCAAGCCAAUUUACCAAAUAAUACAAAUAGUUCCCCUGCCAACUAUAGUGCUUUGCAACAGCAACCGCAAACUGGUUUUAAUUAUCAACCUACCGGUUUCAAUGUUCAACAACCAACUGGACUUAAUCAACAGCAAACUGGGAUUACUCAGCAACAAACUGGAUUCAAUCCACAACAAACUGGCUUUCCCUCAACAAGUUUUAACACAGGCACUCCUCAACUGCAACCACCGAGCACUUCGUUUAACAGCGGAUUUGAUCUAAAACCGCAGGCUACAGGAUUUUAUUCUCAGGUUAAUACUGGACCAUUAAAACCUCAGCAAACAGGGUUUUAUACCCAACCGGUUGGCCAGCAACAACAAACCCCAUUGAUGCCAUUGAAACCAACAGCUACUGGAUUUGUUAACUCUUUCGCCAAUAACGGUCUGAACACCGAAUUAAAGAUCCCUAAUAGAAGAUUAUCCUUUAUUACCAUGGAAGAUCAGGCCAAAUUUGAGACAUUGUUUAGGUCUAAAGUUCCAAUUGGUUCAAAUACAAUUUCUGGUGAUGAAUGUAGAGAUAUUUUGAUGAAAUCUGGCUUACAACCACAACAAUUGGCUCGUAUUUGGGCUUUGUCAGACACAGAUAAAGCCGGUGAGUUACUAUUUCCCCAAUUUGCCUUGGCUAUGUAUUUGGUUAACAGUGCGCUACAAGGCGAGCCCUUACCCUUUGAUUUGGAUUCUAAGACUAAAAACGAAGUUUCUAGUUUUAUCGAUGCUAUUAACUUAAGCAUCACUUCUGGCAACAACGAUGCCAGCAAUUUGCCCAAAACACCAUUUGAUGCUUUACUUGGUAAUAACAUUGUGUUACAGCCUCAACCAACGGGCUUGAUGCCAACAACUUCUUUUGGUGCGAUGGCCUCACAAGCAACUGGCGGGCUCCAACCGCAGACAACUGGUUACAUGCCCCAAACUUCCUUUGGUAUGAUGGCACCACAAGCCACUGGUGGGGGAUUACAACCACAAACAACCGGAAUGAUGGCUCCACAGGUUACUGGUGGGUUGCAAAUGCAAAACACCGGCUUGGUUCCACAGACUUCCUUUGGCAUGAUGGCCCCCCAAAUAACAGGGGGAUUGCAAGCACAAAACAACACCGGAUUGAUGCCGCAAACAACUGGUGGAUUACAAGCUCAGAACACCGGAUUGUUACCCCAAACGACCGGCGGAUUGCAAGCGCAAAACACCGGGUUAAUGCCUCAAACUUCUUUUGGUAUGAUGGCACCCCAAGCCACUGGGGGCGGACUGUAUCCUCAAAAUACUGGUAUUAUGAACCCACCUCAAACAUCAUUUGGUGGGCUCUCAAGCCAAAUGACUGGUAAUGCUCAGCCAUUGAGACCACAGGCAACUGGGUUUGGGUUGAGAGCACAACCAACUGGUAUGUUGCCUGUAUCCAAUUUCAACCCCACUGCACCUUUGACUGCUCAAAAGACUGGUUUUGGUAACAAUGAGCUUUAUAGCACAAAUAAUUUUUCUUCAAACUUUGUUGCUGAUAAUGACGAUUUUAUUACCCCAGAAGAAAAGUCAUUAUUUUACAAGAUUUUUGACACCUAUGAUAAUGCCAAGACUGGCUUGAUGGACUCCCCAACUGCUGUUGAAAUUUUCCGCAAAAGUGGGUUGAAUAGAAGUGAUUUGGAACAUAUUUGGAAUCUAGCGGAUAGUGACAACACUGGUACUUUGAAUCGUCAAGAGUUUGCCGUUGGCAUGCAUUUGGUAUACCGGAGAUUAAAUGGCUAUGUUUUGCCAAACAGUUUACCACGUUCCUUGGUUCCUGAAAGCACCAAGAUUAUUGAUAGUGUUAAGAACCAGUUGAAAGCUGGUGCAUUUGACAAUAUUGCCAAGAAACAAGCCACUAGUUUGAAUGGUGCCAACUUCAAGAAUGAAGAUGAACUGCCACAGUUUAGAAGCCGCAGAAAAACAGCAGACGAUACCAAACAGCCAGUAGAAAUCAAGAAAUCUGCAAAUGUAUCAUCUUCCCUUGACACGGAGGAGUUUGACAGACAAGAAUUAACCGAAUUGAAAAAAUUGGUUCACGAAAAGAAAAUUUUAAUCGAAGCAGAAAAGUCCAGAGCCGAAAGCAAAAAAUCUGGUGUUGAAACCCGUAAACUUAAUGAUUUGAGAGAAAUUGAAAAAUUGAAACAGGAGAUUUCCUCGUUGCCUACACCGGCUAGUAGUUCUAUUAGUGUUGAUUUGUCUUCCAGGUUUGAGAAGCUGAAUAGUAGAGUUUCGCAACUAUUGAAUGAUAUCACCUCUGUGGAGAAUGAAAUUACUGCGACAAAAAUUGAAUUAUACAAGAAAAAGAAUCCGUCUUCGGUUAUUGGUACCGGUCCAAAUGGCGAAAUCACUGAUUAUGACCGUAAAAAGGCCAAGCGCAAGGCUCUAUUGGCCGAAAGAAUGGCUACUUUGACAGGUAAGCCUGUUGCUAAAAGUGCUGAUUUGGAGGAAGAGGAAGCAAAGUUGAAUAAGGAAAUCCAAAAAAUUAAUACAGAGAGCAAAAUUAAUUUAAGUAUUGUUACUGACAUUAAAACCUCGAUAGAUGAAAUUGCCACUGGUGUUAGAAAAUCUUUAUUUGGCGAAGGCUUAGAUGCUUCUGAGAAGUGGAAUUCCGGCGUUGGAUUAGAACCAGAAGUGAAACAAUUUAUUGAAAUGUUGAAAACUCAAAAGUUGAAGGCCAAUUAUUUUGCCCAAGUUGAUAGCAAAGAAUCUUCUACGUCACAUACCGCUGUUAGUACUCCGGUAUCUGCCUCUUCUACAGGCAGUAUUACUAGCUCACAAGAAGCUUCAUAUUCGCAGUUUAAAACACCGGAGGAAAGGGCUUCGUACAUUAAGGAACAAGCUAAAAAGAGGAUGAACGAGAGAUUAGCAAAAUUGGGUAUUAGUAGAAGAACUGAAUCUACUCCAACUGUUGAUACUGGUGUUGUAAAUCGCUCCAAAGCCGAACAUACCCCGUUAACUACCUCGCAGCCAACCUCUGCUGAAGUUAGGGUUGAGCGUCAUUCUAAAAUUGAAAACGUUCCAUUAGCUACACCACAGCCAGACCUGACUCACAAUGUCUUCUCAUCUCCCGAAAAGGUGACAAAACCUGCUCAGGAAUCUGUAAAUGAAGAUGAAGAUGAAGAUGAAGAUGAGGAAGAAAGACAACUAAAGGCUGAACUAGCUGCCUUGAAAAUGAAAAAGAAACAAGAAAAGGAACAACGUUUGGCUAUGUUACGCAAGCAGCUGGAAGAUGCUAAGAAUGAAGAUUAUGAAACAGAACCUGUUAACUCUUCUGUUCCAUCUGGAUCUUCUGGAAUGGCAGGUAAUAAUAACUAUUCUGCAGCUGCACCAAACCAUAGUUCUAUACCAGCAGUUGUUAAGGAUAAUGGUGACGAUGAUGAUUGGGAUGAUACGACUGCUAUUAAACCUGUUGCCCCUAUAAAUACCAACCAGGGACAUGUCGUUUAUAGUAACAAUAAUAAUACUAAUAACGCUCUAAAUCAACCAUUGUAUAACAAUAGCCCUAUUGGCAAUACUGCUGGCCCAAUUUCCCAACAAUCCACCAAUAGCAGUUUGUAUACUUCAGCAACUAAUGUAACUGGCGCCAGAACCCCGUACUUUCAGCAACCAAAUACAAGUUUGUCCCAUUUAUCAAACGGUUCACAUUUUGAUCCAAAGGCUGCUGAAACUCAAAGAAGACUCCAGAGAGGUUUGGAUGACAAUGAAGACGAUGGCUGGUCUGAUGAUGAUGGUAAUAACGAUGCUAACGGUGACCAUGUUCAGCAACAACAACAACAACAACAACAACAAACCAAUGGCAGUGCUGUACCAAUUGCACCACCAUUACCAUCGGUUGAUAAUAAUGUAUCGUCUGCUCCAACGGUUCCAGUUGUACACUCUCUGCCACAAGUUCCAGUUGUUACACCACUGCCACAGGUUACCAGUUCUGAGACUAUUUCCGCCCCACCACCUGUUCCGGUUGCGCCACCAUUACCACAGGUUACCAGUUCUGGUGCUAUUCCUGCUCCACCGCCUGUCCCAGUUGCGCCACCUCUACCACAAGUCAACAAUAGCAAUGUUGAGCCUGUUGUAGCUGCUGCUCCGCCCUCGCUAUCUAACUCUCAAAAUUUUAAUGCUGAGGAUGAUGAAAACGAUUUAUCUAUCCCAGAAUCUGUUAGUUCUGAUGACGAUAAUCAAACUUCUAUGAGUAUGCCACCACCCCCUCCUCUACCAAGUUUUUAA